AUGGUUGCAUUUCUGGCACUGGUAUUAGCACUGCUGUCUCAGGUGGCGUGUAAGGUUUCAGUUACCAAAUGCACCAUCAGUGAGCCAGUCCCUAUCCUUCACAAGUACUAUCAGUCAGGAGACCUCAUCAUCACAGGAAUAAUUUCUCAGAUCUACAUAUUUUCUAAGAAUAUAACCUUCGAAAAACCUCCAUCUUCCGAAUUCUUUGAUGAUCAAAUCCACUUCAGUGCUAGCUGGACCUAUCGUGCCUCCUUGGAACUUCUUUCCAGACAGGGCAAAUAUAUCCCUAACUACACAUGCGAGAGGCAGAACAACUUAGUAGCAGUGAUUGGAGGUCCGAACUCGAAUGUCUGUGUCCACAUGGCAACUAUCCUGUGCAAUUACAAGAUUCCCCAAGUCAUAUAUGCCUCUGCUCCAGUGCUGAAUAACAAAACCCAUGCUGUUUUUUUCUACCAAAUGUUCCCCAAUGUGACCCUUCAGUAUAUGGGUAUUGCCAGGUUAUUGAGGCAUUUCCACUGGACUUGGAUUGGGGUCCUCUCUGACGACAAUGACAAUACAGAGAAGUUUGUUGACAAUGAACUUCCUGUGUUUACUCACAGUGGUAUCUGCUUUGAUUUUGUACACAUCUUCCCCAAAAUGACAUUUUCCAGUAACAUUGUUCAGAUGGUGAAGGAAGGAACUGAGACAUUAAGUAUUAUCAAUGGAAGCACUGCCAAUGUAAUGGUCAUGCAUGGUGAAAUCCACACGGUAGCACUUCUGAGAACAUUGCUGCAUGUGUCAGAAUUUGAGGACAGACCCAUGCAGACGAAAGUUUGGAUUAUGACAUCACAGAUGGACUUCACAUCAUAUCCCUUCCAAAGAGACUGGGACUUAGGCUUCAUCCAUGGCGCUCUGUCUUUCUCGGUUCACUCAAAGGAACUGUUAGGAUUCAGGGAGUUUCUUCAGGGGAGAAGCCCUUCCACAGAAACAGAAGACGGCUUUAUCAGGGACUUCUGGAAGCUGGUAUUUAAGUGUGCAUUGCCCAACAGUGCAGCGGAUGAAACAGUUGAAGAACUGUGUACAGGGGAGGAGAAACUGGAGACUCUCCCUAGAUCUGUCUUUGAAAUGAGCGUGACUGGCCACAGCUACAGCAUCUACAAUGCUGUCUAUGCUGUGGCACAUUCUGUGCAUUCCCUGUAUUCAUCCACACUCAAAUCCAGAGCAACAGCUGAGAGAACGAAACGAAACCUGAUUCCGCAACCUUGGCAGCUCCACCGUUUUCUGAGAAGUGUUUCAUUUAACAACAGUGCUGGUGAAAGAGUUUCCUUCAUUCAAAAUGAGGCAUCAAAAGUGGGCUUUGAUAUUAUCAACUGGGUCACAUUCCCCAACAAUUCCUUUGUUAGAGUCAAAGUUGGACACAUAGAACCAAAGACUUCCAUAGACAAUGGGCUGGCCAUCCAUGAAGGUGCCAUUGUAUGGCCCAGUAGUUUUAACCAGUCACAGCCUUUUUCUGCCUGUAAUGACAACUGUCGUUCAGGUUAUAGUAGGACAGUGAUGGAGGGGAAGCCAUUUUGUUGCUACAACUGUGCUAGAUGUCCAAAAGGGAAAAUUUCAGAUCAAAAGGACAUGGAUUAUUGUUUUCAGUGUCCAGAAGAUCAAUAUCCAAACAAAAACCAAGAUUUUUGCAUUCCCAAAAUUAUCAGCUUCCUGUCUUAUGACGAACCUUUAGGAAUCACUUUGGCCAUUUUCGCUCUUUUGUUUUCUUUCAUUACAGCAUUAGUAUUUGGGAUCUUCAUUAAAAACCAGGACACUCCAAUUGUCAAAGCCAACAACAGGAACCUCUCCUACACUCUUCUCAUCUCCCUCCUGCUCUCCUUCCUUUGUAUUUUUUUAUUCAUUGGCCAGCCAGAAAAACUGAUGUGUCUCCUUCGACAAACUGCUUUUGGCACAGUCUUCUCUUUGGCAGUUUCUUGUAUAUUAGCCAAAACCAUUAUGGUGGUUCUAGCUUUCAUGGCUACCAAGCCAGGCUCCAAUAUGAGGAGAUGGAUGGGGAAACGGUUAACCAGCUCUAUUGUUCUUUCUGGCUCCCUUAUUCAAGCCACUAUUUGUGUUGUGUGGCUUGCAACAUCUCCCCCAUUCCCAGAUUUUGAUACGCACUCAACACCUGGAGAAAUUGUAUUACAAUGUAAUGAAGGCUCAGUGGCAAUAUUUUAUUGUGUCCUGGGCUUUAUGGGCUUCCUAGCUAUUGUCAGCUUCACUGUGGCUUUCCUAGCACGGAAGUUGCCUGACAGUUUUAAUGAAGCCAAGUUCAUCACCUUCAGCAUGUUGGUCUUCUGUAGUGUUUGGUUAUCUUUUCUUCCAAGCUACCUGAGCACAAAGGGAAAAUACAUGGUGGCUGUCGAAAUGUUCUCCAUCUUGGCUUCCAGUGCUGGAUUAUUGAUCUUUAUCUUUUCCCCCAAAUGCUAUAUCAUUUUGCUGAGGCCUGAACUGAACAAGAGGGGGCAGAUAAUAAGACAAAAGUAUUAA